AUGGCACGACGACGGUCAAGCGCCUUCGAUGUGUCAUUCCCAGAAGAGGCUGGACAGAGGGCGGCUGAGCACAUAGCUGACGGGAAUAAUUCCGCGCCCCAGUCGCGAAGCUCAUCGGUAGCGUCGAAUUCUUCCCUCGGAAAGAGGAAAAGCGAUGAACCUGGCCGUGCCCGUGCACCCAAGCUUCAACAACUGCCCAAAGAUGCUUACUACAGGAAGAAUCCAAAAUACCUCCUCGAGAGCAAGAACCUCAUCAUCGAUGGCGAAGACCCCGAUCUAGAAGAGGGUGAAGACGAGAAGCCGAUCAGAGAGCUAUACGAUUUUUAUGUCUUCGACCCCAUCCAUCGCAACGAGUUGGUUUCUCUGGUGGGAUUGGAGCAGGACGACGGCGUCGAACGGCAGUUUGAAGCAGCUGGGAAGGUGCGGGCACAUUUUGCGAGCGACGAAGAUGAGGGCCAGGAAGAGGAGGAGGGGGAGGUCCAGCCAACAUCGGUGCAUUUGACUGCCAUCAUGAGAUACACUGUCGACUAUACGCGAGAAAACGAGCCUUUCUAUAUUGAGACCGAAUACGCCUGGUAUAUUUUGAAGACACCGGCUGAGGAGUACAAGCCAUUCUAUCAACAUUUCUACAACUCUCGGCGAAUUGCUCAACUUGUAAUUUCUUGGGCACUCAAACGGCCGCAAGAGAGCCUCUCUACUUUCCUUGGCAGAUUUACGUCUAGAGUGGAUAUGUUUGGUCGUACAUAUCUUGAGCAAGAUAUAUGGAAUUCAGUCCCAGAAAUUCAGGAAUGUGUACAAGACGAACCAGAGUCGCGGAGGAUUAGGUCUGCGCCGUUCGUCAAACACAUCCUUCGAAACGCCCCGCCGAUAUCUGAGUCGUCUCGACCUCCUCCGAGGAGAGAAGCCCGGAAUAAGCAUCUACCCAAGAAUAAAGCGUCUAUCGGGAAUCCUGACCUUGCUGUCUUGAAAGCUGAAAACCAGAACACUACACAUGUUACGCCUAGGAUCGCGAAGCUUGUGCAAGGGCUUGUCCGUGAAAGCAUGGAGGUCGUUGGACCUCCGCCUCCGCCUGUGAACAAAGCCGAAGUUGAAGCAGAAAGGAAGAGAGCCUUCGAGCAGCUAUGCCGACUGCAUACAAAAGCAAAGAAACUCAAAAAGAACAUCGAAUACAAUAAACAAGAUCGCAUUGAAGGCAAUCUAGAAUACUGCAAGGUUAUAAAGAUUGAAUACAAGCCAUAUAUGGUUGGAGACAUUGUCCUGGUUCCAAGAGAUCCUGUUUUGGCUCUAGGGUGGCCAACACCUAAGGUGGGAGAUAAGAUUUAUGAUUUCUUUUGGUUUGGAAAAAUCCAAUCAAUUAGUCCAGCAAACCAGAACGCCCAUCUCCAUUGGUUCUGGCAUGGGUCGGAGACGGCUGCAAUGCAAGAAGUUGCCCAUCCGCAAGAGCUUUUCCUCGGCAAGGAAUGCCACUGGGUGAGCUUACACAACAUCGUCGACAAGGUCACGGUUCACUUCUGUCCGAAAGAUGGCGUAAACGUCAAGCCUAAUGAGUUCUUUUACAAAUUUACGUAUGACGCUGCAUUGGCGGCGUACACGUCCAUGGAUGCCCAACAACUCGAGCUUAUCUUCAGUCAGAUGCCGCCCGAUAAUUGCUUGCCCUGUCUUUUGAAAGCAGAACAAAGGCAGAUGAAGUCGCCUCAAGAGUUGAAAGAUGAACAAGGUUUCCGCAACGGUGUCUCGUUCGGCGGGAAACAUUUCCACCUUGAAGAUUUUGUUCUAUAUCAUCGCCAGGACAAGGGCGACGGUCCAGCGGAUAUAGGUUAUAUCACAGGUGUUGAAUUCAGGAGGGAGAACACAAUGGUGACCGUCCGCAAAGUUGGCAGGAUAGCAUCUCUUGGGGAUCUUCUUCCAAAAAGGAUGCUGAGAGACGAGCGCCAUCUGUACUUGACGAGAGAAAAUACGACCGUCGACGUUCAAGAUUUGAUCAAAGUGAUAUACGUUCCUUGUACCCAAUCCUUUUUGCCACCCCACGUCACCGUCGAGGACUGGUUGGAUCUUUCUCAUAAUCACUUCUACGUGAAAUAUACAUUCCCGCGACUCCGAGUCAAAUCAUGGAAUGAUCGAACAAAGAUUACCUGGCCAAAAUUGGGUGUCUGUACUCCCUGCUGUCGUGAGAGGUUAAAAGGUCGGAAGGCAAUAUACGCUUUUCUCCAACAGGCAGAGAAGAAGCGGUUGUCGACUCUUGACCUUUUCGGAGGAGUAGGGGCUUUCAGUCGAGGUUUGUCGGAUGGAAGUGGUUGCCUCGAGGUGACUCAUGCUGUCGAAAUCAGUCCAAGUGCUGCAAAAACAUUCAAACGCAAUUCACCACAAACAGUGGUGUACAACCAAUGUGCAAACAUCAUGCUACGAUAUGCUAUCAAGUCAUAUGAAGGCCAUGACGUUGAGACCCCUAAGCAGCUUUUCAAUGGCGAAGAUCUGCCAGAGCCUCCGGAACAGGGUUAUAUUAAGGUCAUUGUUGCUGGUUUUCCCUGUCAAUCACAUUCAACCCUCAAUAUGUAUAAGAAAGAGGACGACGUGAAGAGCAAUUUGAUAUUAACGACGCUCUCAUUCGUGGACUUCUACCGGCCGACCUAUGCGUUCUUCGAGAAUGUGCCCGGGUUUCUCAACUUCCAUCUCAACGCAGAAAGAGCGAACGAACACGGUGCUGCUGGUGAAAUUGAACGGGGAGGGUUGAAAUUGUUGGUUCGUGCUAUGAUUGAUAUGGGCUAUCAAGUCCGUCAUGGCCUUCUGCAAGCAGGACACUAUGGAACACCGCAGCGCAGAAUGCGCUUCUUUCUCAUUGCUGCAAAAGAAGGCCACAUGCUUCCCGCUUUUCCUCAGCCCACUCAUGACUUCCCUGACACCCACGAAAUCAAGAAUAGAGAUGGGAGAGUCAUCCCAGUUCGUGCUACAAGAGGAACUGCAGCCCAUCCCUUUGUGACAGUGGAAGACGCUAUCGGUGACUUGCCUCGCUUUGACUGGAAUCACCCGAGACCAGAUAGAGAGCCUCUCGACAAGCGUGACAAAAGACGGAGACGAGCCGCCACAGUCCCUUCUUUCGAAUGCAAGGUUUCAGAGCAGCACUGCGGAUUCAAGGGACGGAUUGGGUAUUAUUCGGAACCCAAGACAACCUUCCAGCAUACGGCUCGCCUGAACCCGACUACAGACAUUCAGCACUACACCAAGUGUCUAAUUCCCAAGAAGGUUGAACGAGUCGUCAGCAUCCCCUUGAAGACAGGCGCAGAUUACAUAUCACUACCAAAUGAACAACUGGAAUGGCAAAUCGCUGACCCAAUGUCUUCUAUCGCUCGUAACAAUUAUAAACGCGGGAUUUAUGGCCGUCUGGACAAGGACGGUGUCUUUCCAACCACCGUGACAAAUGUGGACCCUACUGCGAAACAAAGUCGCUGUCUCCACCCUUACCUCUAUCGGAUAGUGACUGUUCGAGAAUUAGCAAGGUCGCAGGGAUUCCCGGACAGCUUUAACUUCGAAGCUAUAGGGGGAAAUGUUGUGACGAUGCAUAGGCAGAUUGGCAAUGCUGUCCCUCUUCCUGUGGCCCAUGCAUUGGGACGCCAACUUCGUAAAUCUCUCUUCAGAAAGUGGGAGGCCCAACGAGCUGAAGCCAUCCAAAUCGAUGAUGACGAAGACGAAAACGACGAUCAUCACAAUGAGAAUCCACACCAUAUGGCCGUCGUAGCUCCUGGAGGAAAUGGCAGCGAUGACAUGGACAUCUAUGAAUAA